GGACAGGGAGAGGAAAGCCAGCAACGGCGAGCGGAGCCGGCGGACAGGGGCAGAAGAGAAGAGAAGAGCGCGGACAAAAGAGACAAGAGGGCAAAAAGGAGAGCGGCGCGGGCCAACGGACAGAGGCGCAGGACCAGCGAGAAAAGGAGGAAGAGAGGAAGACGGGAAGAGGGGGAAACGAACAAGAGAGCAGAAAAGGCGAAAGCAGCAAAGAGCGAAGAGAGCAAGGAAGCGGGAAAGAGCAGAGAGCAAAAAGCGCAGGGGGACAGAGCAGACCAAAAAGCGGCAAGGGAGAAGGGAGAAAAGAAAAAACGCAGAGAGCGGCAAAGAGAAAGAGGCGGAGAGGGCAAACAGAGCAAAGCAGAGCAAAAGAGCAAGGGCGGGACGGGAGAGAGGCAAAGAGAGAAAACACGCAGAGCGAGCAAGAGAAAGCAGGCCAGAGGGGGAGCGGCAGCAAAGAGACCGGCGCAGCAGGGAAGAGCAGCGACAGAGGCGCAGAAGGGGGAAGGGGGGACGGCGAGGCGGAGCCAGGCGACAAAGGGGGAAGGGGAGGAAGCGGGCAGAGCGCGCGGGAGGAGGAGGAAGAAAGAGGGAGCGCAAAAGCGAGGAGGCGCACGGGAGAAAGGGAGGAGGGGAAAGGGCGGAGGCAGGGACACGGAGCGGCGGGACACGAGGAAAGGGGGAAGGGAGGGCCACGGGCCCGAGAGAAAGAGGAAAAGCAAGACGGCGGGGGGAGAGCCCCGGAGGCGCCACAGGACGGACAAAAGCCGAAACCGGAAGGGACAGCGGAGGAGAGAACGCGGAAGAAGCGGGACAAGAGGGCCAAGGAGAGGCGAGGCAAAGCCGGGGAGGAGACAAGAGGGCCGAAGAGCCGAAAGGGGGGACGGCAAAGAAAGAGGGGAAACGCGCAGCAAGAGGGGCGAAGGAGAGGAACAAGAAAAAGACAAGAAGCGCACAAGCGCCAGGAAGAAGGGGGAAGAGGGCAAAAGGCGCGCAAAGGAAAGGGGGCAGACAGGGAAGCGCGAAGGAGCAAAGGGCGGGAGAGAGGAGGGAGCGGGGCAAAAAGAGGAGCCAAAAAGAAAGGAAGCGCAAAAGCCGACGAGGCGGACCAGCGGCAGGGGAGAGGAAGGGGACGGCGAGGCGCGAGCACCGAGAGCGAAGAAGGGGGCAACAGACAAAGGAGGGAGGGAGCGAAAAGCAGAGGAGGGCGAAAGGAAGGCCAAAGAGGAGGAGGGCAGGAAGCGCGAAAGGCGGCGCGAAGGGCCGAACAACCGGCAACCGCCAGGGCAGGAGAAAAGAAGGGGGAGGGGAGGACGGACGAACAGGGGCGCGGGGGGGGAAAAAGGAGAAGGGGAGGCGAAAAGGAGACAACAAAAAGGCGGCGCGGGGAAAAGGCAGCGCGCGCAGAACACAAGAAGAAAAAGGCGAAGAAAAGAAGGAGGGGGCGACAAGGGCCGCAAACCCGGACAGGGGAAAAGAAAGGGGCCAGAGCCGAGCGGGAGCAAGGAGCAAGGAGGAGGCGGAGGAGGCAGCAGCAAGCGAGGAAAGGCAGGGCGGAGGAGGAGACGGGCGAAGAGGCAAGGCAAGGGAGGGGAGGACAAGGGAGGGGGGGGAGGGCGCGGGAAGCAGAGGAAGAAGAGGGAACAGCGAAGGCGGGCAAGGCGGGGAAGGCGGCGGGGCGCGGGAAGCGAGGGGACAAGCGAAGGCGAGAAGGGCAAGAGAGGAGGCGCACGCAGCCGCAACGCAAGGAGCGCAAGAAGAGGCGAAGGCGGGAAAAAGAAGAAAGGAAGAAAAAAGGGCAAGAGGCGGGACGGGAAGGGAGGAAAGGGAAGAAGGAAAAGAGGCAGCGGCAAGAAGAGAGGGGAGAGAACAGAAGCGGGCAACGAGGGCGACGGGCACGAAGGCGGCGAAAAGGAGAGAGAAAAGGGGGAGCAGGCAAAAGCCAGCAGGAGAGAGAACCGGAAGGGGGAGGACGCCACAGGGGCGCAAACCCCGCAAAAGCGGACGAAGGCGACGACGACGGGAAAGAAGAAAGGGCAAGGGGGAAAAGGGGGAAAAGGCAGAAGAGCACGAGGAGACAAGGACGGGGCGAGCAAACAAAAAGCAAAGGGGAAGGGGGAAAGGCCGAAACAAGGGGAGACGACGGCAAAGCAACAAAAAGGCGGCAAGCAAAGAGAGGCCAAAGAGGCAAGGGCAAAAAGAGGGCAGAGAAAAGAGGGAAGCGGGGCGAGAAAGAAAGGGGGAGAGGGAGCCCACGCAAAAAGGGGGGGGAAGAGAGGGAAGGCGGGGGAGAGACCAAAGCAACCAGCGCGGCCCGGGCCAAAAGAGAAAAAGGGGGGCAAAACCCGGCGCCAAAAAGGGGGGCGAAAGGGAGGGAGGAGGAGCGGGGCGCAAAGGGGGACAAAGCGCCGCAGCGGAAGGCAAGAAGAGCAAGGGGGGGGGGGACCAAAAAGCACGAACAGGAAAGGACCCAAGCAAGGAGGGGGACCGAAAGGGAAGGAAGCGGGGGGCAGGAGGGGGGGACAGCGAGAGGGGGCGCACGCCACAGGACGAGAAAGAAAGCAGAGCGAGGGAAGGGCAAAGAAAGCGAGGGACCAAAAGGGAGAGGCGGAGGAAAGCAAAAGGAGGGAAGGACAAAAGGAGGGGCACGAGCAAGAAAAAGGGGGAAGAGGGAAGAGGGGCGGGGGGAAGGGGAAAGGAAGGGGGAGCACGAGGCAAGGGGGGAGAAAGGCGAGCGGGGAGAAGGGGCGAAAGAGAAGGGCCGAAGAAAAAGGAGCGCACAAAGGAGGGGGCGCGCGGGAAAAGGCGAAAGAACAGGGAGGGGGGGGAGGGGAGCACAAGCAAAGAGGCAGGGGCGGAAGGGCCAGAAAGGCGAAGGAAGCGAAGGGGAAGGGCACAGAAAGCGCAACCACGGAAACGGCAAGACGAGCAAGCAGCGGGCAAAGAAGAAGCGAGGAGAAGGCGGGCCAGAGAGGAGCGGCAAGAAGGACCAAGGGGGGGAGGCAGGCCAACGCGGAAAGCAAAGCAAAGCAGGCAAAGCAAAGACACACGAGGCAACGGCAAGACCGCGAAGCGGACGACAGAGGGACGGAGGGGGACGGGGGAGCCAAGAAGGGGAAGGGGGAAGAAAGAGACGCGCGGGGGGGGAGGAGGGGCAGGGACACGGGGACCGGGGGGCGCAAGAAGAAAAAGGAAGGGGAGCAAGGGCGACCGAAGCGGGGGAAGCAACGACAAAAGGAGAAAGAAGGGCAAAGAGCAAAAAGACGAACGGAGCGCGGAACCGAGGGCGGGAAGGGAGGGAGACAAGCGGGGGCAAGGAGCCAGAAGCAGGACAAGAAGACGCCAGGAGCGAGAGAAAGGGAGAAAACCAAAGAGGGGGAGGGCAGAGGGGGGAGGCAAAGGGGGGAGGCAGAGGAAGGAGAAAGGGCAGCGAAAAGCGGGGAGGAGCGGGCAGAGGAAGGAAGGGGCGAGGAGAGGCAGCGACCAGCAAGGGGCAGAGGGGGAAGAAAAGAGCAAGGGGGGGGGAAGAAGCCAGACACGGGGGAGGGGAGGAAAAAGCACAGAGCAAAAAGGAGGCGCGGGGCGAAGAAGGCACAAAAGGGGAACAAGGGGCAGAGGGAGGGGGGAGACGAAGGAGACGGGGGAAGAGGAGGGGGGAAGGGAGGAGGGGGGAAAGGAAGGCGCGAGAAAAGCCCAGCCCGCAGCCAGAAGAAGGGGAAAGGCGGGGAAGAAGAAGGGGGGAGGGGAGGCCGCACGGGGAAGGGAGAGGCAGGAGGGGGGGGGGGGCCAAGGAGGAGCAAGGGACGGGGGAAGGGGGGGGGCAAGGCAAAAGGAAGGAAAGGAGGAAAGGCGAACCAACACGGCCAGGACACAACAAAGGGAGCCACCCAGGACCAGGCACCCAGGGAACCAGAGGGAAGAGGGCGCAAAAAGCACCCGCCAGAAGGAAGGAGGGGGAAGAGGCAGGAAGGCGGGAAAACAAGAGCAGCGACCAGGGAAGCAGGGGGCACGGGGAGCGAGCGCAGAGGGAACCAAAAGAAGGGACGAAGCGCGCAAGGAGCCGGAGGGGAGAAAGGCGAGGCAAGAGGAGCGCGAGCAAGGCAAAAAGAAAGGGGGGGGAACGGGGGCCAAGACCGGCGAACCACAAGGGGGGAGGAACCAAAGGGGGCGGCCGGAACAAAGCAAACGAAGAAGGCGGGAGGGGGAGGAAGAAAGCAAGGCGCGGGGGCAAAAGGAGACGCGCAAGAAGAAGGAAGAGAGGGGGAGGAAACGGGGGCACCGGGGCCCGACGGGAAGCAAGCAGAAGGGGCCGAGCCGACGCCGCACACAAAGAGGGCACCGGGGAGCAAAGGGACGGGAAAAGCGCAGGCGGGAAGGGGCGACGCGAAGAAGAAGGGGAGGGCGAACAACCCCCCAGGGGGGAGGGAAAAGGCGAAGGGGAGAAAGGCGACAAACGGAAAAAGGCAGGGGAGGGGGGGAAACAAGCACCGAGAGCGGGGGGAGGAGACGGGGGCAAGGGGCGGAGAAGCGGGGAGGCACCAAAGGCCGGGGGACAAAACGCGAGGGAGAAGGCAAGAGGGGGAGCAGAGGGAGGAGGGCAAAGAGAGGGGGAGGAGAGGAGGGGGGGAAGCACGAACAAGGCGGGGGGGAGAAAGGGCGAAGCGGAGGCAGAAGAAAGGCGAAAGGAGCAGGAGGGGGAAGGGAAGGACGGCGGGGGCGGACAAGGCAAACAACGGAAAGAAGGAGGAGGCAGCAAGCAAGCAAAGGACACCCGCGACGGGAGAAAGAAGGGGGGCCGGGAGGGAAAAGCAGCGAGCAAAAGGCCAAGGAGCACAGCAAGAAGGCGAGACAAAGAGGAAGAGGGAAAGGAGGGCGAGCAAACAAAGAGAGAGGAAGGAGGGGGGCGCGGCGAGAGCGGACGGCAAGCAG